GGCCCCGCGGCUGCUCGCGCCCCUAGCCGCGCUCGCCUCGUGCAGCCCGCUCGGCCCAGGCCUGGCGACCGCUGGUCUGCGCCCCGACGGCGCCGGGAGCAGAGGAGCCGCGCUCGGGUCUCCGGGAUGUGCCCGUCUGAGAUGGGGACGCCGUGGCACCACUGGUCCCCCGUGCUCAUCAGCCUGGCCGCCCUGUUCUCCAAAGUGACUGAAAGCCGAGGGGUCCUGGAGAGCAUCCAGAGGUUCUCCUUGCUGCCCACCUACCUCCCUGUGACCUACCACAUCAACAACGCCGACGUGUCCUUCUUCCUGAAGGAGGCCAACCAGGACAUCAUGCGCAACUCCAGCCUGCAGUCCCGCGUGGAGUCCUUCCUGAUUUACAAAUCCAAGCGGCUGCCGGUGCUGAACGCCAGCUAUGGGCCCUUCUCCAUCGAGCAGGUGGUACCCCAGGACUUACUGCUGCCCUCCAGCCCCUUCAGAUUCACCAACAAGUUUUCCCUCAACUGGAAACUGAAGGCGCACAUCCUGCGGGACAAGGUGUACCUGAGCCGGCCCAAGGUGCAGGUGCUGUUCCACGUGCUGGGCCGGGACUGGGCGGCGCAGAGCCCCGGCGAGAGGCUGCCCUGCCUGCGCGUGUUCGCCUUCCGUGAGACCCGGGAGGUGCGGGCCGGCUGCCGGCUGCAGGGGGCCCUGGGGCUGUGCGUGGCCGAGCUGGACCUGCUGGCCGCCUGGUUCGGGCCCCCGAGCGUGGUGGCCGGGAGGAAGAAGGCGCCCGGGCCGCCCGAGGGGAGCCCCGUGGAGCUCUACUACUCCGUGCAGCCGGGGGAUGUGCGCGGGGACUGUGCGGCCGGCGACGUCCGGAAGGGCAACGCCAUCCGGCCGGGGAAGGAUGGGCUGGACGAAGCUGUGCCCCACCUGCAGAGGAUCGGGAGCGUCUUCCUCUACCAGACGGGCAGCAGACCCGCACUGAGUGAGCUGCGUUUGGACAGCAACGUGGCCAUCCUGUACUCGGCCCGGACGGUGAGGCAGGGCGAUGUGCUCACCUUCCCCGUGGCCGUGUCCCGGAACUGCACCGCCGAUCGCUUCACGCUGAGGGCCAAGGUGCAGAAGGGCGUGAGCGUCGUGGGGGUGAGAGCCAGCAGCCCUUCCAUUUGGGAGGUCACGGAGGGCAAGGACCACAGUGGCAAGUACGCACCUGCUGUCAUCGUUUGUCAGAAGAAAUCCGCUGGCUCGGAAACCAGUGUGGAUGGACCCUCCUAUGAAGUCAUGCAGAUCGACGUGGAAAUAGAGGAGCCCAGUGACCCGCCGGCCACACAGCUUGUCACGUGGCAAGUGGAGUAUCCAGGAGACAUCACGUCUGACUUGGGUGUCUCCAAGAUCUACGUGAGUCACAAGGACCUGAUCGGCGUCAUACCCCUGGCCAUGGAGGCGGAGAUCCUGAACACAGCCAUCCUCACGGGGAAGACAGUGGCCGUCCCGGUCAAGGUGGUGUCGGUAGAGGAGGACGGCGCGGUGACGGACCUGCUGACGUCUGUGGAGUGCUGGUCGUCUGACGAAAACGUCAUCAAGGUGUCUGACAGAUGUGACUACGUCUUCGUCAAUGGGAAGGAAAUGAAAGGCAAGGUGGACGUGGUGGUGAACUUCACCUACCAGCACCUGAGCAGCUCCUUGGAGAUGACCGUCUGGGUGCCCCGGCUCCCACUGCAGAUCGAGGUCUCAGACACCGAGCUCAACCAGAUCAAGGGCUGGAGGGUGCCCAUUGUCUCCAAUAAAAGGCCGGCUCGGGACAGCGAGGAAGAGGAAGAUGACGAGAGGAGGGGGGGUCGCGGCUGCACGCUCCAGUACCAGCACGCCAUGGUGCGGGUCUUGACGCAGUUCGUGGCCGAGGCGGCGGACCGGGGCGGGCACCUGGCCCACUUGCUGGGCUCAGACUGGCAGGUGGACAUCACGGAGCUGGUGAAUGACUUCAUGCAGGUGGAGGAGCCCCGCAUCGCCAAGCUACAGGGGGGACAAGUCCUGAUCGGCCAGGAGCUUGGGAUGACCACCAUUCAGAUCCUGUCGCCUCUGUCAGACACCAUCUUGGCAGAAAAGACCAUCACAGUGCUGGAUGAGAAGGUGACCAUCACAGACCUCGGGGUCCAGCUGGUGACAGGGCUGUCACUCUCCCUGCAGCUCAGCCCAGGGAGCAACAGAGCUAUCUUUGCCACCGCAGCGGCUCAGGAGCUUCUGCAAAGGCCCAGACAGGAAGCGGCCAUCAGUUGCUGGGUCCAGUUCAGCGAUGGCUCCAUCACCCCCUUGGAUAUCUACGAUGGGAAAGACUUCUCCUUGAUGACCACCUCCCUGGACGAAAAGGUGGUCUCCAUCCACCAAGACCCCAAAUUCAAGUGGCCUAUCAUCGCUGCUGAAACCGAAGGGCAGGGUGCUCUGGUAAAGGUUGAAAUGGUCAUCAGCGAAUCGUGCCAGAAAUCCAAGCGGAAGAGUGUGCUGGCCAUGGGGACAGCCAACAUCAAAGUUAAGUUUGGCCAAAAUGAUGCGAACCCCAACACCAGUGACAGCAGACACACUGGGGCGGGAGUUCACCUAGAAAAUAACGUCAGUGACAGAAGACCCAAAAAACCCUUGCAGGAAUGGGGGACCCAGGGGGGCCCGUUUUAUAGCAGUUCUUCUGUGGGCCUCAUGGAAGGAAGAGGGUCCACGACAGAGAGGCCAACCUUCCAGAGAAAGAAGAGCCAAGGAAGCCUUCUAGAUGAUGACAGCCACCUGCAGACCAUCCCCAUCGACCUCACCAGUUUCCCGACCCAGGGGGACCUGCCCAGAAGCAACGGGGAAGCGGACGAGAACGGCCUCACGCAGGCAUCCAAAGGGCUGAGUGACUUGGAGAUUGGGAUGUACGCUCUGUUGGGGGUCUUCUGCCUGGCCAUUUUGGUCUUCCUAAUAAACUGUGUGGCCUUUGCGCUGAAAUACAGGCACAAGCAGGUUCCCCUGGAGGAGCAAGAAGGUCUGAGUCACUCGCGCGACUGGGUCGGGUUGAGCCACCGCUCCGAGCUGCUGGAGAACCACAUUAACUUUGCAUCCUGCCAGGAUGAGCAGAUCACUGCCAUUGACAGGGGCAUGGAUUUCGAAGAGAGUAAGUAUCUGCUCAGCACCAACUCCCAGAAGAGCAUCAAUGGACAGCUGUUCAAAUGUUCGGGCCCCACCGUCGCGGAUGGGAAGGAUCAGAAAAGCGAGCCCCCGACGUCCCCUACCUCAAAAAGGAAAAGAGUGAAAUUUACCACCUUCACCACCAUCCCCUCGGAUGAAGGGUGCCCCACCGUGAACUCCAUAUCGACCAGCGGUGAGGACGUGAGCUGGGUCUGCGAGGAUCUGGACCCGGGGGAAAGCAGACAGCCACACGACUACGUGGAAAGGUUACGUGAGGAUGUGUAAGCCGGACACUUGCGGACACGGGUUCUCACACACCUCUCAGCCUUUAACUUGGGGACGUGUGGCAAGGGCGCCCCCGGGAAAGGAGUGAAGUGACGGGACAAGGUAAGAUCGCCCCUAUCAGCAGAGCCCCAGCAGACGGCGCCGGCUCGGCUGCGGUGGCCCCACGUCGGGAUCGAGGCGCACGUUCUGGCACGCAGUGUCUUGGCCAGUGUUAAGAGGCGGAUUGUGCAUGGAAAAGUUUGUAAAACUUGGAAGAAAAACGAGUUCUGAAUCACUGAGCUUCUGAUGGGUCCCAGGAGAGACCAGCCCACCCCCCCCCCCCGCCCCGGCCCAUCACUCUCUUUCUCUCUUGAAUCAAAGCCCCUUGGGUGUGGUGAAAUCCACGUGGGUCCAGAACUCACUAUUGCAGACUCUGGAAGAACCCCGAGACUCGGGUAGAGUGCAAGUGGACCGACGGGAGGCAGUGAGUCUUUUGAGCCGGGGCACGACCCUGGGCCACAUCCGGAGCGUGGGCAGCACCUGGGGGGGUGUCAUCACGGGGUGCCAUCAUCCAAAGACCGGUGCGCCCUGUUGACUGACCAGGCGUUGCCGACGGGGACUGAAGGGGCACACGUAGGCAAAUAGGCCACGGAUAUCUUUGUAACCAGAUGCCAAGAACAAAGGAGCAAGCCCUCUGGGGGAUUCGGAGCACCCCUUUAUCGGUAAACUAGGGAUACAGGGCACAGAAUGUCGAUCCGGUUCAAGGAACCAGUCUUUUUUGGGCAAGUUCGCUGUGUUCAAAUGUGCACUUCUCUGCCCCACGAGCUGUCUAAGAGCUUUCACUCACUUGUGGGCACGGGGCCCUUUCCAGCAUUCCCCCGUGGCAGGUACAUCCGCUCCAGGUGCCACUCUGCAGUGGCCGCACCAGGCAAACGUCACUCAUGUCCUUUCCUUGAAGAGGCGGGUCUUCGAGGAUUCGCGGUUCUCACGGUGAAUUCAACACCAAGGGACACUCAUCACCCUGCACCUCUGGGAAGACGGGGGAGCCAUUUUGUGAUGGCCCCAUGGAUGGCCACACCGGGUCCCCCGUCCAUGGCUGCAGAGAUGGAUGUGGACCAAGGUGGAGUGCACGGCCGGGGGGAGCCAGGGCCCGCUGUGCCGCAGGGGGGCCGGGCAGGAAGCCUGUUCACACCCCCCAUGUGGGCUUGGACUGAUGGAGGGAUGGAGGUGCCCGAGCUUGAGGGAGAGAGGGAGACCCCAGUCUGUCCUCAGAGCUUUAACCUUGUUGCUUGAAAUCGGAAUGACUCUGAAUGUCUCCCAAAUGCCCGAACGGAUGGGAAGCCGCUAAGAAGGCAGAUGGGGGGAGAGAUGAGCGGAUUCCUGCCCCAGCUCGAGCUCCCGCCAAGGUGGGGGAGGGUGGCGGGAUCCCUGGUAAGGAGGGCCACGUAGAAGCAGGGCGCGUGGUGGGGGAGGGGGCUCUCUCCUCUGUCGUUUUCUGUCUCUCCGCUCUGCGAUGCUCUUCUCCAUUUUCUCUCUUUCUCUGUGUGUCUCUCCGUCUCUGUGUCUCCCUGACCCUAUUUCUCUUCUUCCUCCGUGUCCCUCACUCCCCCUCUUCUCCUCCUUCCCGCCUUGCCCUCUCACCUCACCCCUCCUUAAUGCAUAUAAUUGAAUUCUCCUUAGAUCAUGGGUGUCCCUUCCUCCAGCUUACCCUUCCCCCAACUGAGGUGCUCCCCAUUUGCCCUAAGCCUGGGAUUCCACCAGCCGUAAGCCACCUGCUCCCAUCCCCGAGUCGACUCACCGCGUCUGGUGGGGCGAUUAAACUGUCACCCCUUCUCAAUGACAAUCCUUUGCUUUCAGUAGCCCUGCUGAUAUUUCUUUCCACCUGUAACCCACGUGAUGUCCUCUUUAAUGCGGCAGCCGCCGCCCACUCGCAGAUCCAUCUCCCUGCAGAAUGUAUUGUAGAUCGUAAGAAUGUAAUAUAUGUUUAUACACUUACCGACUGUAAAUAUAAAGUUUG